AUGGGCCCGGGCCCCAUGCCACCACAGCCGAACAUGGAGUACCCCGAGAAGGCGUACGGGCAGCAGCAGCAGCAGCACCCUCCUCCUCAGAUGCAGAUGCCUGCUCAACAACAAUACGGCCAAUACCAGCGCUCCGUGUCGGGCAACUUCCGCCAGGCCGUGGCGAUCCCGAAUCUCGGCAUGUCGGCUGCACCUGUUGAUUGUCCCGCGUGCGGGCAGCGCGCCAUGACCAACGUCAGUUACCACACGGGGAAUACCACGCAUGUCUGGGCCGGAGUCGCCUGCUGCUUGACCGGCCUCCUCUGCUUCGUCCCGUACCUGAUGAACUCGUUGAAGGACGUGCAGCACCGCUGUGGGAACUGCGGUGUGUUGCUGGCGACCUGGCACAAGAGCGGCGUGGUCGAGGUCCACAUGCACGGUUGA